GAAUAACUCCACGCAGGCGCAGUAGUAGGCAACAUGAAGUCAAACACUUCCUGGUUUCUGUAGGAGAAACGUGCAAAGUUUUCUCACAGCGAGUGCAAGUUAGGACGCUGAAGGUUAAGAUCUGUCUGGGUUGAGUGUGUACGUCCAUCCUCCCCACACAGUUAUACGUUCAUUUCGACCGUUAAGUGGGAUGCAAACUGUUGGUAAACUCAUGAAGGUGUUCGUGACGAGGCGCAUCCCGCCAGAGGGGAUGAAGAUCCUGACAACAGCGGGAGUGUGUGAGGUGUCUUUGUGGGACUCGGAUGAGCCUGUGCCUAGGGCAGACCUUCUCAAAGGUGUGCAGGGAGCUCAUGGUAUUCUGUGUCUGCUCUCAGACAAGAUCGAUGCUGAGGUUCUGGAUGCUGCAGGGCCAAACCUAAAAGUAAUCAGCACCCUGUCAGUGGGAUUUGACCACUUGGCUCUCGACGAAAUCAAAACACGUGGUAUACGUGUAGGAUACACUCCAGAUGUCCUGACUGACGCCACAGCAGAACUGACCGUAGCUCUGCUGCUGGCCGCCGCUCGCAGAUUACCAGAGGGAGUGGAGGAGGUCAAAAAUGGAGGCUGGAGCUCGUGGAAGCCUCUCUGGCUGUGUGGUUACGGUCUUUCUGGCAGCACAGUAGGAGUCGUUGGACUGGGACGCAUCGGCAUUGCCAUAGCUCGGCGACUCAUGCCCUUUGGAGUGAAGAGGCUGCUAUACUCUGGGAGAACAGCCAAGGCCAAUGCUGCCGAAGUGAAUGGAGAGUUUGUUUCCCUGGACACGCUUGUGUCUGAGAGCGACUUCCUAGUUGUUUCCUGCUCCCUGACGCCAGAAACCCAGGGGCUGUGUGACAAGGCCUUCUUCAGUAAGAUGAAAAACACAGCAGUCUUCGUCAACUCAAGCAGGGGAGCUGUGGUGAACCAGGAGGAUCUGUACGAGGCGUUGACCAGCGGACAGAUAGCUGCAGCUGGACUAGAUGUCACAACACCUGAGCCACUCCCAACAAACCACCCUCUUCUGACACUUAAAAACUGUGUGGUGUUGCCCCACAUCGGCAGUGCCACCUACUCCACAAGAGGCGUCAUGGGAGCUUUAUCAGCUCAAAACCUGCUGGGAGGUUUACAGGGCACAGACAUGCCCAGUGAACUCACCUUCUAGUGCCUGAAACUGAGCCGACGUGCCUACUGUCGCCUCUGAUGCUGCAGUAACAGAAACAAGUAAUGUACUGAUCUAGUAAUGGUCUCCUAUGUGAGCUCAAUGUGUAGAAGGGAUGAAAAAAGAAUACUAAUGUAGUUCAGCAAUCCAUGGAUCCAUAUUUACAUCAUGUCAGUGUUAACAUAACAGUUUAAUUUUGAUCCUGUCAGUUACUAAUGAGCUGCACCGUCAGUAUACAAUGUGCAUUUUUAAAGAAGGAAGUGCAAUUACAUUUCAUUUAUAAAGCCUAAUAGUGUAGUGUUUUGUCAUAUCAGACAUGUAUUCAAGUUCUUGAAAAAUAGGCUAAUGCACAAACUAGCAUCACUCCUUAACAGUUGUUCUUAUUAAGCCACUGCAUGCUAAGUCUUGUGGAAAAGUGCAAAACCUUUUUUCUCCUUUGAAUUUAAUAUGUCUCCCUCAAAAUAGAAUCAAUGGCUUGCCAUGAAGAUAAGCAUUAUAAUUAUUGGUCUGCACUUUAUUCAGAUGUUAAUGCCCCAUAUCUAUUGUAACAGAGCAGUUCAACACUCCAGUUUUUACUAAAAUGGGAUAUGUCUAAAGAGUACAAAUGUAUGGCUAAGUUUAAAUGUAAUGUGUUAAAGGUGUGUGUGUUUUCUCAUUCUUAAAAUCGAUUUAAGAUGAAUAAAAACUAGUAAGCAU